CCGGAAGAGACGAGUACGUUUAAUAAAUAUCGCCUCUUUUGCUCUUCCUUCACUCGUCUUACGAUCAACUUGGUUGUGCGUUUGACUGCAGCUUUCACCGCCUAAAGUGAAACCAUGUCCACUCAGAAGUCUUGCACCAAAGCAAGUGCAGCGCCUGGCCCCGUCGCCAAAGGCUCCAUCAGGAUUUACAGCAUGAGAUUUUGCCCUUUCGCCCAAAGAACCAGAUUGGUGCUGAACGCCAAGGGGAUCAAGCAUGACAUCGUCAACAUCAAUCUGACGGACAAACCUGACUGGUUCCUCAAGAAGAAUCCACUUGGGCUCGUCCCGACUCUGGAGACAUCUGCUGGCGACGUGAUAUACGAGUCUCUCAUCACCUCUGAAUACCUGGAUGAAGUUUACCCUGAGAAGAAGCUGCUUCCCUCCUGUCCAUUAGCUAAAGCUCAACAGAAGAUGUUAGUGGAGCAUUUUUCCAAGGUAAUUCCGUACUUCUACAAGAUUCCCACAGCGAAACAUAAUAAAGAGGACGUCUCAGGCCUAGAAGCGGAACUGGCAGAGAAGUUUGCCAAACUCAAUGAGGAAUUGGUUAAAAAGAAAACCAAGUUCUUUGGGGGUGACUCCAUCACAAUGAUUGACUACAUGAUUUGGCCAUUUUUUGAGAGACUGUGUGUCUUUGACAUGAAGCACUGCCUUGACAAGACUCCUGAGUUAAAGAAGUGGACAGAGUGCAUGUCCCAGGACCCAGCUGUCAAAGCCUCCGGGCACAGCGUAGACACCUACAGGGGCUUCUACAAGUCCUACUUUGACGGCAAAGCAAACUAUGACUAUGGCCUGUAAAAUCAUAAUACUGAUCUCAAACCGUCCAUUUGUUGGCAUGUUCUGGGGCCGAGAUAAUCUGGAUUUGUGGUUGUUUUUCAUACUUUUACAUGUUUAUAUUUUGUUAAAUUUCUGAUUAGGCAAACAAACUACAUGAUACAUUUUUUAUUAGAUGAUAAGGACCUGUUUUGUUUUUCAGUGUAAUGUCUGGUCCGUGACGGACAAUAUUGUGAUAACAAAACAUUUUUCAAUAAUCCAUCCAAAUGUGGCACUUACCAAUAAAUGGUGAAUGUAA